UACUACGGAAAGCGGAAAUACAAAUGUGCGUGAAAAAUUUAGACCGGUAUUUUGACUUGACGGCAGGCUGACAUGAAACAAAAACAAAAAACAGUUUUCAAUAAUGUCUCUCGCAAAAUUUUAAUGAUUUUUAAACCCAAAAGAGUUUGUGCAAUUUUGGUUUGUGUUUUAGGCUUCCCUCGAUAAGUAUCUUUUAUAUUCUGAAUGUUAUUGCAUGGAGGAUGCCUGCCUAACACGAACCUAUACUUAUUUGAAUUAACUCUACUAACACACACAACAAAUGGAGGUGGAGUUACAAGACACUUUCUUGGGUGACGAAGAUCAACAUUCCUUACAAAGUUCUAAACAAACCUACUCUGUCCCAAAUAAACGAAAAAACGAGAAAGUGCAAGAUGAGAAAACCUCAGAACAGCAAGCAAGGGAAGAAAAAGAACAAGCCGAAAACAUAGCCACGAUGCUUAUGAGGAACUACGACUCGAAGCUCUAUGGCGAGGACGACACUUCGCAGCCCACCUCGCGCACCGCACCCAUCAUUCCUAUUGAGGCCACCCGCAAGAAAAAGAAGAGAAAAAGAUCUCAAAUAUCGAUAUGCCUCACGAACUGCCGGUACGAGUCGAUCCGCAAGGUGGCGAGCGCCUUCGGCAUGCGUGAGGUGUCUGAGGAGGACGCGUGGAACUUCUACUGGACCGACAUGAGCGUGUCCGUUGAGCGCGCAAAGGAGAUGAAGAGGUUCCAACGCAUCAACCACUUCCCAGGGAUGCUUGAGAUUUGCAGAAAGGAUCUGUUGGCAAGGAACUUGAACAGAAUGCAAAAAAUAUACCCGAAGGAGUAUAACUUCUUCCCGAAAACUUGGUGCUUGCCUGCCGAUUUCGGAGAAGCUCUCAACUACAGUAAAUCAAGGAAGAACAAAACUUUUAUCAUUAAGCCCGAAUGCGGGAGUCAGGGCCGUGGUAUCUAUCUCACAAAAUCACUAAAGGACAUCAAACCUACAGAUAAACUUAUCUGUCAGGUGUACAUUUCAAAACCAUACCUAGUGGACGGAUAUAAGUUCGACAUUAGAGUGUACACGCUAAUCACUUCAUGCGAUCCUCUCAGGAUAUUCGUGUACAACGAAGGCUUAGUAAGAUUCGCCACUAGCCGGUACGCCGACCCGAACGUCAACAAUACUACGAACGUGUUCAUGCACCUCACUAACUAUGCGCUCAACAAGCACAGUCGUACCUACGUUUACGACUCGGAGGCGGGCAGCAAACGCAAGAUAUCGACGCUGAACAAGAUCCUGGUGUCGCAAGGCAUCGACCUGGACCGCUUGUGGCACUCCAUCGACCAGGUCAUCGUGAAGACCAUCAUCUCCGCGUGGCCGAUACUCAAGCACAGCUACCAUGCGUGCUUCCCUUCACACGACAUGGUACAUGCGUGUUUCGAAAUACUUGGCUUCGAUAUACUUCUGGAUCAUAAACUGCAUCCCUUCAUAUUAGAAGUAAAUCACUCGCCAAGUUUCCACACGGACACGCAGCUGGACCGCGAGGUGAAGGAGAGCCUUCUAACGGACACGUUCACGAUGCUGAACAUUUGGCAGUGCGACAAAAAGCGCGUACUCGAGGAGGACCGCAAGCGCAUCCGCGACCGGCUGCUGCAGACCAACAAGUUUGCUGAGUUCGUGCCAGCUGAUGAAAAGGAACCAGAGAAAAGUCCGUGGCAAACGCAAAUACAGUGGGAGGAGACGCAUCUGGGAAAUUUCAGACGCGUGUAUCCGGUGGGCGAGCAGUACGCGUCGCUGUUCCAGCAGCCGUCCGGCUCGCUGUACACCGGCACGGCGUCUUCGCGCGCGCGCGGUGACUGCACGCGGAUACAACGGGAGGAGUUCCAGCAAACAAAAGCCAAAGCCGAGGCUCUAAAGAAGCCUUCCCAGCCGAAGAAUUUGAAAGAAGGUGAGAAGAAGGGAGAGGAGACGAGUGGCCCGCCCACCGUCACCAACUCCACCGCCACCGUGGCCUCAGAGAAGGGCAAGCAGAAGCCACGGAGCGACAAGGACAAAGAAAAACGGAAGGAUAACGACAAGGAUAAGAAACUUACCGCCAAACCAUCGCUUGCGCAACAACCGGUCCCAGAAAAAGAAAUAAAGCCACCUUACGUGCUUUGCUCGUAUGAACCUGAUCCCAUAGUCGAGAAGGAGGAACGCGAGAGGGUCAAUCUUCUGGCUCAGAGGGAUUUCCUUAUAAGAAGUUAUGGCAUGUUGGAACAGAUAUAUCUAGUCAUGAAAAAAAUGGGUACACUGAGGCCCGAAGAUGAAAGAAAGUAUGGCGUAUAUGGACGGCUCUCCGUAGUAUCCAACUCACCCAAGACCGCCAUAAAGAAGAGCAAAAAAUGUAAUAAGCACAAACCAAACAACAAAGGAGAUCAUUUGGAUUUUGGACUGAAAGUGCAAUGCAAAGAUGCGGUGAUCUACGAGCGCCCGGCGGCCGAGGCAGGCGCCGCGGACCGCACCACGAAGACACACCUAGCGCGAAUGGCUUACACCAUUUGGAAGAUGAACACGUUGGCCAGACCAGUCCCUCUAUCUGAGUGAUGAAACCAAUUAUUGUGUUUGAAUAAAUCGGCAACUUUAUAGUGACGUCGUUGUGUUCUAAUACUGUGCCAUUCAAUGCUUCGCUCUCGCGAGUAAGUGUUUAUCGAAUAAUGCCAAAUGUAGAUGUAACGACUUACCAUGUCUAUUUAUAAAUGCUAGUUACCAACUUAGGUUACGCAAUAUUGUAAUGACUGAAGUAUUAUUACUAUGAAAUCUUGUGCUCUUGGCUAUUAUUAAAUCGAACUUCAUAAUAGUUAUAUAAUCAUAUUGUUACUGUUUUGUAAAUUCUGGUGCAUAGAAACGUAAGCUAAACCUGACAGAAUAUAUUUUACU